AUCCAAAUAAUCGCCCAUGUUAAUAAUAAAUAGUCGGGAUCUGCCAUCAUUUUUCUUCUGAUUUUUCUGACUUGGAAAGAGCCGGAAAAUCUCUUCUGAGAGGGGAUUGGAGAAAUGCAAUGUUCGGAGUGCCUUCGCUAUUUUGGUUUCUAAAUCUCGGGGUUUUCCUCUAUGCCGUCGCUGUCCAGGCUGGUGAGGAAAAAUUCAAGGAAGAUGAGAGAAUUUUCACGAAUGGCUGGGCCAUCAAAGUCAACGGAGGUUUAGAAGAAGCAAAAAGGAUAGCAAAAGCGCAUGGAUUUGAAAAAAUUGAACCUAUAGGAACCCUAGAUGGAUACUAUCAUCUCGAACACCCCUCACACCCUCAACGCUCGCGGCGUAGCGCGGAAGACAGAACAGAGCAGUUGCUAGGGACAACAGGAGUGUCCUGGGCUGAGCAACAACAUGAGAAGGUCCGAGUCAAAAGAGGUCAUUUCCAUGACCGUAUGGUAGCGAGAGGGAUUAUACCGAGAUUUAAGGAUCCAUUGUGGGAUGCGCAGUGGUACUUGGAUGACAAACGUAAAGACAAAGAUUUAGAUAUUCAUGUUAUUCCAGUCUGGAAUCAGGGAAUUACAGGCAAGGGUGUUGUAGUGACCAUAUUAGAUGAUGGAAUCGAACAUAAUCAUACAGAUUUAAUAAGAAAUUACGAUCCCAAUGCAAGCUGGGAUGUUAAUGGUAGAGAUAGUGAUCCAUUUCCUCGGUACGAUCCAACCAACGAAAAUAAGCAUGGUACACGAUGUGCUGGAGAGGUUGCAUCCCAAGCCAACAAUACUAAAUGUGGUGUGGGUGUGGCUUAUAAUGCACGGAUAGGAGGAGUGCGCAUGCUGGACGGACGAGUCACUGACAAGGUGGAGGCCGAGUCACUUAGUCUUAAUCCACAAUACAUAGAUAUCUAUAGUGCUAGCUGGGGUCCUAGUGAUGACGGUGCCACAGUGGAAGGACCUGGUACUUUAGCAAUGGCUGCUUUUCUUAAUGGUAUCCAAAAGGGUCGCGCAGGCCUGGGAUCUAUUUUUAUCUGGGCUUCUGGUAAUGGUGGUCGUCAUGGUGACAGUUGUAACUGUGAUGGAUAUACUGACAGUAUCUAUACGUUAUCAAUCAGUUCUGCCUCAGAUCACGGAGAAUCUCCUUGGUAUUCGGAGAGCUGUUCGUCAACUCUAGCUACAACUUUCAGCAGCGGAGCACACGGCGAGAAAAGAAUAGUAACUACAGACCUUCACGACACUUGUACAGAGAAGCAUACGGGAACCUCUGCUUCAGCCCCGUUGGCUGCUGGGAUUGUUGCUCUUGCACUAGAGAAGAACCCUAAAUUAACAUGGAGAGAUGUUCAGCACAUUGUCGCAUGGACGUCAAAUUGGCUUCCCUUAAAACAUGACCAGGACUGGAGUACCAAUGGCGUGGGAUUGAAAGUCAAUCGCAAGUUUGGCUUUGGUCUUCUUGUAGCAGAGAAGAUCGUAAAUAUGGCCAACCCAGCUACGUUUAAAACUGUACCGGAGAAAAGGCUCUGUCGGGGUCAGAUCCAUCAGGAUGCAAAGCCGAUUAAAUCGGAUCAGAGCAUAACAGUCCCUCUCCAAGCAAGUGGUUGCACGGGGACUAAGGACGAAGUACGCUACUUAGAACAUGUUCAGCUUCUCGUUAGCCUCGAUUACACGCGCCGAGGAGACCUGGUGAUCUACUUGACGUCACCAAUGGGUACCAAGUCGUGCCUGUUGUCUCCAAGGAAAGAGGACAUAUCUAAUGAAGGAUUUUCUAAAUGGCCGUUUAUGACGACACACUCAUGGGGAGAGGACCCUAGAGGAUUGUGGACGUUAGAAAUCAAAGACUUGGGCGACUCAAAGGCAAGCCAUGGUACUCUCCGAGAAUGGCAGUUGAUAUUCCACGGAACAAAAGAAAAACCAAACCAUCAAACAAUAGAGCAUCCCGACAAACCACGUGACCCUGCCCCAGUCCCUCCUAGUCCUAAUCUUGGUUACUCAAGCUCAGGUGUCCCAAGUGGACCUACAUAUGUUUUUGGACCCCAACCACUUCCUAAGAAUCCUAGCAGCUAUACAACGUAUACGUCUGUAUCUCCUGCUGUCAAGCCUACUAAACCCCCUGCGCCUUCCACCACCAAGGCACCAAACAAGCCCAAGGCUAUCAUACCCUUUCCAYCAGCUGCAAUACAGUCUCGUCCUCCUUCCUAUAUGGUAGUAGCUCAAGUCCAACAAGUUAACCCUCAACUACGAGCCCAAAUGCAAGCGAGACUCCAAGCACAGAAAAUCGCUCAAGCAGAAGCUCAAGCUCGUAAUUAUCUAGCUCAGAAGAACGCGCUCCAACGUCCUUUACAUCUCAGACCAAUAUAUGGUCCCCAGAGACCCCAAAUGGACUACGCUCCUAGACCUCCCACCUAUUUAGUACCUAAUGCAGCUAAUUAUUAUGGACGAUAUCAAUAUGGUCCCCAUGGGGGACCAAAUCUUAAUCUGCCGCAAAGUCCCUUCUUAAGGGCCUCGCCUGUAGGUUGGCAUAACGCACCUGCGUAUCAGAACCCUUUAUUUAGACUACAAUCUUAUAAUUAUCUGAGGACAUUAGGGAGAAGGGGCGUAGUAACGAAGUCCUCUCAAAGACCAAAACAUAAUAGGCUUAGCAAGCUGCGCAAAAAAUGGCGGAAAAAGAGUCAUUCGUAGCCUGGAAUCAUUUCAACUUUUAGUGUACUGGGAAGUGUAUGGGGAGAAUAUGUGUAUAUGAAAUUUGGGAUUAAAACAAAGGGUUUUUGAAGAA